AUGAAUCAUAAAAAUUAAAAGAAAUAGAAAUAAUUAAAGUUGAAAUCGAAAAAGAAUCAAUAAAUCGAAUAAUAAAAAGCAACUAUUCAAGAAUUAGAACAGAAAAAUCAUGCACUUAAAGAAGAACUAAAGUAGAAAGAAGAAUAAAAAUUAAAAGAAAUAGAAAUAAUUAAAGUUUAAAUAGGAUAAGGUCUCCAUCAUUUGCAAGAAAAGAAUCAAUAAAUCGAAUAGUAAUCAGCAACUAUUCAAGAAUUAGAAUAAAAAAAUCAUGCGCUUUAAGAAGAACUGAAAGAAAAUGAAUCAUAAAAAUUAAAAGAAAUAGAAAUAAUUAAAGUUGAAAUAGGAUAAGGUGUCCAUCAUUUGCAAGAAAAGAAUCAAUAAAUCGAAUAGUAAUCAGCAAUUAUUAAAGAAUUAGAAUAGAAAAAUCAUGCACUUUAAGAAGAACUAAAGUAGAAAGAAGAAUAAAAAUUAAAAGAAAUAGAAAUAAUUAAAGUUGAAAUCGAAAAAGGUCUCCAUCAUUUGUAAGAAAAGAAUCAAUAAAUCGAAUAAUAAACAGUAACUAUUCAAGAAUUAGAACAGAAAAAUCAUGCACUUUAAGAAGAACUGAAACAAAAUGAAUCAUAAAAAUUAAAAGAAAUAGAAAUAAUUAAAGUUGAAAUCGAAAAAGGUCUCCAUCAUUUGUAAGAAAAGAAUCAAUAAAUCGAAUAAUAAACAGUAACUAUUCAAGAAUUAGAACAGAAAAAUCAUGCACUUUAAGAAGAACUGAAACAAAAUGAAUCAUAAAAAUUAAAAGAAAUAGAAAUAAUUAAAGUUGAAAUAGGAUAAGGUCUCCAUCAUUUGCAAGAAAAAAAUCAAUAAAUCGAAUAGUAAUCAGCAACUAUACAAGAAUUAGAACAGAAAAAUCAUGCACUUUAAGAAGAACUAAAGUAGAAAGAAGAAUAAAAAUUAAAAGAAAUAGAAAUAAUUAAAGUUGAAAUCGAAAAAGGUCUCCAUCAUUUGUAAGAAAAGAAUCAAUAAAUCGAAUAAUAAACAGCAACUAUUCAAGAAUUAGAAUAAAAAAAUCAUGCACUUUAAGAAGAACUAAAGUAGAAAGAAGAAUAAAAAUUAAAAGAAAUAGAAAUAAUUAAAGUUGAAAUCGAAAAAGGUCUCCAUCAUUUGUAAGAAAAGAAUCAAUAAAUCGAAUAGUAAUCAGCAACUAUUCAAGAAUUAGAAUAGAAAAAUCAUGCACUUUAAGAAGAACUAAAGUAGAAAGAAGAAUAAAAAUUAAAAGAAAUAGAAAUAAUUAAAGUUGAAAUAGGAUAAGGUGUCCAUCAUUUGGCAAGAAAAGAAUCAAUAAAUCGAAUAGUAAUCAGCAACUAUUCAAGAAUUAGAAUAAAAAAAUCAUGCACUUUAAGAAGAACUGAAGUAGAAAAUGAAUCAUAAAAAUUAAAAGAAAUAGAAAUAAUUAAAGUUGAAAUCGAAAAAGGUCUCCAUCAUUUGUAAGAAAAGAAUCAAUAAAUCGAAUAAUAAACAGCAACUAUUCAAGAAUUAGAAUAAAUAAAUCAUGCACUUAAAGAAGAACUGAAAGAAAAUGAAUCAUAAAAAUUAAAAGAAAUAGAAAUAAAUUAAAGUUGA